AUGAAAGAACUAGACGGGUGCUUAUUAUAUAGUCCAGGAUGGCAUAGGGUGUUAAGUAUCUGUUCGCUGAUAACCAUGUCGAUGAGCGCGGAGAACGGCGCCGCGGAGAUCUUGCCCGCGUUUACCCCACCAUGCAAUGCACGAUUUGCGACGGAGAUGAUGUCCGAUGAUUGCAAGAAAAUAUAUAAAUCACCGUACUGCCUCUUCCCACCAGCAAUGAUUGCUUUCGUCGAGGAGCUUGACGUCAAUGUCAUGGGGUUGAACUCCGGAACCUCCAUUGACGGAAUUGAUGUGGUAUUGUGUCGAUUUAGACAGGCUUCUGUCACCGCUCCGUUGCAUUUAAGUGUCGUAAAAUACGAUGAGAUGGAAAUGCCAGCAGAGUUGAAGGAACGUGUGUUGAGAAUGAUCAAGGAAAACUCUACGUCUUUGGAAGAGGUGUCUCAAAUCUCGGCUCUCCUAGGAAUGGCGUUUGCCAAAGCUGCGUCGGACUUUUGUACCAAGCAUAGCAUUGACAAGAGCUCCAUCGAUAUAAUCGGCUCUCAUGGUCAAACCAUGUGGUACGUGCCAGUCCCCAAUCCCAAGAACAACCAGUGUCGUUCUGUGAUGACGUUGGGUGAAGCAUGCUACAUAGCUCAAGAAAUGGAAACCACGGUAGUUUCAGACUUUAGAAUUUCUGAGCAAAGUGUGGGCCGUCAAGGUGCUCCUAUGAUAGCUUUCUUUGAUAGCUUGUUGCUUGUUCAUCCUACAAAGCUUAGAGCAUGCCAGAACAUUGGAGGCAUAGCCAAUGUCUGUAUAAUCUAUCCAGAGAACAAAGGCGGUUUGAAGAAAUGUUUCGACUACGAUACUGGACCAGGAAACGUCUUUAUCGAUGCCGCCAUGCGUCAUUUCACAAACGGUGAACAAGAAUACGAUAAAGAUGGAGAAUGGGGAAAACAAGGAGAAGUGGACCAGGAAAUGGUCGAUGAGUAUUUGGCUCAGGAAUACUUUCAACGUCAACCACCAAAGACCACUGGAAGAGAAUAUUUUGGAGACCAAGAAGCACUUUCUUUGAUUGAAAAAGGGUUGCAAAAAGGACUCCUGAAAUAUUCGGUGAUUGCAACUCUUACGAGAAUCACGGCUCAGUCCAUAGUCAACGACUACCGUCGAUAUGCUCCCGGUCCAAUAGACGAAUUGUUUCUCUGCGGAGGUGGAGCUUUCAAUCCGAACAUAACUGAGUUUAUUCAAAGUUCCUUCCCUGAUAUGAAACUCAUUCUUCUUGACGAAACAGGAAUUAGUGGAAGUUCCAAAGAGGCUGUAACAUUUGCAUUCCAAGGACUCGAAGCCAUUUUGGGAAGACCUUUAAUAGUCCCAGAUAGGGUCGAAUCAUCUACCCCAGUUGUGGUAGGUAAAGUUGCACCGGGAAAAAACUAUCGUCAUUUACAAAAGCUUUCAUCACAGUUCUCACUCAGUGUUGGUGACUUGGGACACCUUCCACCCGUAACGAAGCUUGUAGUUGAUACUGAGUGA